AUGAUGGUUCUCUCCUCUUAUGUGCUGUUAGCUGUCGCAUCUCUCUUACCGUUGGCGCACUCGGCUGUCAUCGUUCCUGGUGCUACUUGGACGGAUACCAGUGGCAACGUUAUUCAAGCCCACGGAGGCGGAUUCCUUAAGGUUGGCUCAACCUGGUACUGGCACGGGGAAGACAAGGCCCACAACAGUGCUCUAUUCAGAGCUGUUUCGUGCUACACGUCCAGCGAUCUCGUCAACUGGUCCAGACAAAAUGACGCUCUCACACCCGUCAGCGGGACCAUGAUAUCCACCUCCAACAUCGUGGAACGUCCCAAAGUUAUUUUCAAUCAGAAGAACAAUGAAUAUGUAAUGUGGUUUCAUUCGGAUUCUUCCAACUAUGGAGCCGCACAAGUCGGUGUAGCGACAGCAAAGUCGCCCUGCGGCCCGUUCACUUUUCGUUCCAGUUUCAAGCCUCUCGGAGCUGAAUCCCGAGACAUGGGGUUAUUCCAAGACGGCGCUCGUACAGCAUAUCUUUUGUACGCAUCAGACAACAACCAGAACUUCAAGAUCUCUAGGUUGGACGCGGAUUAUUACAACAUCGCCGCUCAGGUGAACACCAUUCCAGGAUCCACUCUCGAGGCACCUGGUAUUAUCAAACGCAACGGUGUAUAUUAUCUGUUCGCCUCUCACACGUCUGGAUGGGAUCCCAAUCCUAACAAGUUCUUCACCGCUAAUUCACUUUCUGGAACGUGGUCCUCUCAAGCGGAUAUCGGCCCGCAAGCCGUUCGCACAUACUUCUCCCAGAAUACAUUUGAUCUACCACUGGGUCAAAAUGGUAUAUACAUGGGCGAUCGCUGGCGCCCUUCUUUGCUUGGCAGCAGUCGAUACAUCUGGCUACCACUCACUUGGGCGAGUGGGAAGCCUCAGCUCGUGCAAGCAGACGUCUGGAGUUUGGACUUGAAUGCGGGGACAUAUUCAGUUGCCUCUGGAACCUCUUACGAGGCUGAGAACGGGGCCAUCAGCGGUUCCGCGAGUAUUCUUUCAAGCAGCUCGUUCUCCGGCGGACGUGCAGUCGGAUGGCUAGGGAACGGAGGGUCUAUCACCAUCAACAAUGUUCAGGGCAUUGGUGCGAACCAAUGGGUUGCACUUUACUACGCAAAUGGUGACUCUAGCUGGCGCAACACCACCGUGAGCGUCAACGGAGGCGCUGCAGUAUCGGUUGACCAGCCAAACACGGGUGGUGGUAACGUCAUCUUGUCUGUCCCCGUCAAGCUUAACCUUCGCAGCGGUGCGAAUUCGAUUACGUUCAGCGCCGGACAAAGCAACUACGCUGCUGACUUGGACAAGAUCAUUGUCUACACUCAGACGUGA